GGGCAGCUCUUCUUCUACGUCCCGAUGUGCUGAGAGCUGCUGUUUCACUUCACCGCCGCCUCCGAGCAGCGCAGUCCUUCCCUCUCCCUAGGUGCCAGCUUUAAGUGUUAUCUUUCUUCUUCUUCUUUUCUCCUUUUGAUGAAAAGUGCCAACAUUUAUUUUGUAUUUUUUUGGAUCCUCCUUUACCUUCAAACCUCGCUGGAGAAGAUCAACCCAAGGGCGGUGAAGAGAGAAGUUUAAACCCAGAAUCUGCUGCUCAGAAGACGCCGGAUCCGACACAUCAGCCUCGCAAAUUUUUUUUUGUUAAAUCGUCUGUUGUUGUUUUUUUGAGGAGGGGAGAGGGAAGUUAUCAUCGACUUCAGUGAAGUUUUAUCGGCUCCAAAUCCGCCCCAAGCAUCAUGACUCGGAGAUCCUGUGCCAUUUACGCCACCGGCAUCGUGUGCGCUCACCUCCUGAUAGUGGGGAUCGCCCUGGUCGUGGCUCAAGUCUUUCAAACAAUGAUACACAGCCGGCUAAAAAAGGAAAUUACUUUGACAGAGAAGAGCCAAGUGUUUGAGUCAUGGAAGAAUCCACCUCCACCUGUUUAUAUGGAGUAUUACUUCUUUAAUGUGACCAACCCAGAGGUGUUCUUGGCAGGCGGGAAGGCUGCUGUUAAACAGAUUGGACCGUAUACCUACAGGGAAUACAGGCCUCGGGAAAACGUGACUUUCCUGGAGAAUGGCACCAAGCUUUUCGCUGUGAACCCCAAAACAUUUGUGUUUGUGCCUGAGAAGUCAGCUGGUGACCCCACGGUUGACAUCAUCAGGACUGUGAACAUCCCAUAUGUGGCAGUGAUGAACGAGAUGAGCUCCUACUCCUUUUUCCUGCGAACUGUUAUUUCUAUGUACAUGAAUUCUCUGGGCGCUGAGGUCUUCUUGGCCCGCACUGUCCACGAGGUUCUGUGGGGCUUCAAAGACCCUAUUCUCACAAAGCUCCACACCAUGAAGCCUGAAGUAGAUGAAUAUUUUGGGCUGAUGUGGAAGAAAAAUGGCACCCAUGAAGGAGAGUUUGUGUUCCACACCGGCGAGGAGAACUACUUGGAUUAUGGCAAGAUCGACACAUGGAAUGGCCUGAGAGAGAUGUCCUGGUGGUCUUCCAAUCAGAGCAACAUGAUCAACGGUACUGACGGUGCAGUCUUCCACCCUCUGAUAAACAGGAACGAAUUGCUCUACAUUUUUGCUGCUGAUCUCUGCAGGUCUAUCCAUCUAGCCUAUGUGAAAGAUGUGGAGGUAAAAGGCAUCCAGGCAUACCGCUUCGCACCCCCUAGUGAUGUUCUCAUGAGCCCCAAAGACAACCCCACUAACGAGGGCUUCUGUGUGCCAGCUGGAGACUGUCUUGGCACCGGGGUGCUUAAAGUCAGCGUUUGUCGAGAAGGCGCUCCCAUCGUUGUGUCGUUUCCCCACUUUUAUCAAGCGGACCCAAAGUACAUCAACGCCGUUGAGGGGCUUAGCCCCAACAAAGAGGAACACGAGACGUACCUCGACCUGCAACCGACCACAGGUGUUCCCAUCCGUGCCUGCAAGAGAGCUCAGCUCAAUAUCAUCCUGAAGAGGGUCUCAGGCUUCCCCAAAACUAAGUACAUCAACGAGACAAUUUUCCCCAUCAUGUUCGUAAACGAGACGGCAACAAUUGACGAUGACUCCGCAUCUCAGAUGAGGACACUGCUCCUAAUCGUGACUCUUGUGUCAAACUUCCCAUUGCUCAUUGUGGGCAUGGGCAUCAUCCUGUUGCUGGUGCUUGUCGUCUUGUUCUGCCGAAACCGCCAGAAGAAGAAUGAAGUAAAACGUAUUGAUUUUACUGAAGCUUUUCAUUCUUUUACUACGGUGAAAGAUGACACAGCCUACACUCAGGUCAGUGACAAACCCGAUGAGCCGUCAGAAACACCAGCCAACCAGCCAAUGAGGAAUGGCUCCUACAUUGCCAUGUCUCCAGUUGAGGCCCAGAAGUGUUGAUCGAGGAUCCCCUCCCCAAGUGUGGAGCCCAGGAAGGGGGCUGAGGGAGCAGCACAUGGGUGUUACAUUACCAUGGAUGGGGGUUAGCAUACACAGUGGGCUGGUUUUUGACUUAUUUUUGGGGGGGGUGGGGAGGAUAGGGAAUGGGGUGGGGCACAACCCCCAGUAAGUGUUUAGUCAACAAAGACAUUGCUCCUCUCACUGAGCCCUCUUAUGACUGUCUGUCCUCCUCUACUCUACCUGCUGAGCAUGGCCCUCACUGCCUGCCGUACUGCAACACAAAAAAAAACCCCACACUCUAUUCCUCAUUUCCGUCCUGGUUGGCCUUUAAGAUGAAGGGACUCUGGAUGGGCUCGGCCGGGACAAGCCUUUUUCCAUAAUUCUUCUGAGGGAACAUGGUAGCAUAGGUGUCGCUAUUGUACACGGAUGCAUGAUCUUUCGGAGCAGACUCUGCCGACUAAUAUGGCUCAAAGAGAGUGUUGAGUAUUCACAUGAACAACAGUGGGUGUUGUUGUUACCGUCGUAUCCUUGCUCUUUAAUCUCCAUCAGUGCUGCGUGAGGAGAAAACUACGAGCCAAUAGAUUUCAAAAAAGCCCCCCUGUAAACUGAAUCACUAGGACAAAACUCUCUGAGCUCCUGGGCUCAGAGGAUAAAAUUGUUUUGCUCACAAAACUGAACUCAGCAUAUCCUUUUUGUAGAAAAAUAAGAAGAGAAAAACAGACUGAGCCAACCUAUUAAUAGCAUUUUUGCCUUCUUUUCCUAAGAUGAAUUAGUGCACACACGCACACACACACACAUGCACACACACACAAACAUACACACACAUUGCACUUCCAGUAUCAUUUAGUGAACGUGUGUGCGUGUGUGUGCACCAUCAUCUUACACAGGACAGUGGGCAACUAUUUUUCUUGAUACAGGCACGGUAUAGUGUGACACCUGGAAAACUUGUGAUCUUGACCCCCUCCUCUCCUCGUUUUUGUCAUGAUUAUCUUUUUUUUUUUUCUCAGAACACUAAUUAGAAAAACAGAAACAUUCAGAGACCUCAGCUACAUUUCUAAGUCAUCAUUGGUCAAGGUGAUUACUCGUUGGCUGUGAAAUCGUUAGGAAUGCCACAGGUAGCUGCACCUUGUAGGCUUCAUCACAUGUUCAAAACAAAAAGGAGAAAAAAAAAACACCCACCAAACUUACAAGGGAGACUUGAACCUGCUUUCUGCCUUACAACGGUUCAGUGUGUUCUUUAUGUUCAUACAUUGUUCAAAUAAGCUGGAAAUCUCUUUUGUUGUUAUUGUACAUAUGUGAAGAGGAAAUUUCUUGAUACCUCUGACCAAAUCCAGCAAGCAGUUCUCCUAGGUGUGCUGAAAGACACUAACUUUGCUCUGGUGUCAACCGCUCCUGCACGUCUACACUGUUACCUAUUAGACAAAGCACAAUUUGGAUUGCUAAAACCAGUCCUCACACAAGGCUACCAGGUUUUUUUGUCCUAUUAUACUGUAUAUAUUUACAGCUGAUCUGUCAAAGACACUGAUAAGUGCCGUGACAAUUUAAACAAAAAGAAAAAAAAAAGUGGAGCCAUUGGGUUUUGAGAGGAGCCCUGUGCACCGCUCGCCGCUGUGCAGUCAUUCAGUUUGCCAAGGAGCUGUAGGCAUUCAGGCAAAACCGCAGCACACAGCACUUGAAUUACUGUUUGUCUUACGUUUCAUGUCGUGUUCAUUUCAUGUCCACCACACUCGUCUUGUCACACGUCAAACCCAGUGGUAGUUGCUAAUGGGAAGUGAAUUUAAGGCCAUAAUACUGUCAACGUGGAAAUUCCCUGCACUCUGUCUGGAAAUUGUGCCCUGUGUAUUUUUAUUGUUUGUUUGUUUUAUUUAAUUUUUUUGUCCUGAUCAUUUCGAUGCAGGUGGUCCAUACAUUCAGUACAUUUCAAUGGUUUGUCCUCGCUAGUAUUGGUUAUGAAGGAUGUUGUUGUAAAAUUACAGACAUCCACGCCUCUGUGUUACUUGCUUUUCAGCACAUGGGAGUGUCUUCUUUUGAUAUACUUUUAUAUUUGUUAUUGCUGCUAAAAAAUGCCAUAACCUAUGGACUUGUAUUUGUACAUGUGGUAUUAACCAUGUUGUGCUCGUAUUCGGUUUUGGGUUAAUCAACAGAGUCUUAAAAAUCUUGAAGGCUUUCUGUGUUGCCAACCAAUUUGACACCCGAGCACAAGAUACAAAGCCCAAAGCUUGCUGCCAUUUAUUGGAAUUAGCAGUCACACUUAUCACUAGCAACACUUUUGUAAAGUUAUCACAUGUAACCACUCUAUUAGCAGAUGAGCUGACCAUAUCACAUGUAUCGUUGGGGUUUAUUAUAGGAUUAGUAAACUUAACAGGUGGAUGGAGGUGCACAAAAAGAGCGAGCCACUUCAGCACCGUCUAAGAUUUGUGUCAGAAGUCUGAUACUGGGAUAAAUAACACUGUGGAGAGAAAAGUUAAAUCAAUUCACUAAAGGCCUUUUUAUUACCACCACUCUUGUGUAAAAACUCAUUGUUAUGCACCCUUGACUUGAACCUGAAAGACCUUAAUCCUGAUAGUCAUGUGUGUUAUCUAUAGUGUCUGUUCAAACACACACUUGAGCCAUCACUCCUCCACUGACUGACUUCUACUACACUGACCUUUUUAAGUCCAAUCUUUCAAGCCCAUUGGCUCGUCCCUGCUUGACCAAAGAUAACCUACAUAGAUCUGCCCCAGCGCCAUGUUUACUCUCCUCUGCGAUAACGGCCGUGCCACAAAACCACCACCACCACCUACCUUUUUUUUUUUUUUUUCUUUUUUUUUUUUUCUUAAAUGGUGCCACAACUUGAAGUAUUUACAGCAGUGUUGUGUGAGCGUGAAUGGUCGUGUAUAUGUGCCUUUUUACAUCGAGGCAAAGACAACUUUUAAAAAAAGAAGAAACAUUGCAAGUUGGUAGUUUGAUGGGUAUUGCUUUUUUGCAAGAGCAGAUAAAAGUAAUUGUGAGCAGAUCUCAGUAUUAUGUAAGACAAAGCAAUACAGAAUUGUAUGAAAAAAAUGUGGAUGUUUUGUAAGGGGCCACAUGAUAUUUAUGUAUGUUUUUUUUUUUUUCUGUUAAUGUCACAUGUAUAGACGUAUUUCCUUUUCUGUAGCAUGAUUUAGUUUUUUUUGUUGUUUUUUUUUUGUAAUAUUCAGCACAUUUCAUUUUGAUCAUUUCAUUGUUUUUCACUAAAAACACACUGAAAAUACAAAAACGUGUAUAAGAUGGACCAGUAUGCCACACCGGGGUCUGUCAGAUCCCUGUAAAAUGUCUGUAAAGUGUUAAUGAAUGGUUUAAGGUUGUUUGUGUUGGAUGAGUAUGAGAACUUGUGUGAGUAAAUUUGUUUAUAGAUCUGAUGCACCAUAUCUGUAAAACUGGAGUGAUUUGUACUGGAAGGCUGAUUAUCUUGAUGACUGAGUAAAGUAAAGCAUUGAUACUGUGUAAUUAUCUAGAUGAAUGAAGCCCUCCUUCAGGGAUGAGCACUAGUGCCAUACCAUCCUUUUUUUAUUAUUGUUUUUCCUUAAUUUCUCUUUGGUGUAACAACCACAUCUCCCCAUUUUGAUGUUUUGAAGUCACUAACAGACGUUUCCUCUUGAGAUUUACUAAUUUAUUUUGCUGCUGAAAAUGACAAUCCCGCUUGUCAUGCUAGGUGCAAAAUGAAUUUGAAGUAAUAUCCCUUUUUAGUUUUGAUAAUUUACACUGCACAAAUGUUUCUACAGUGCUUUUGUAAACAUUUCUAGUGUAUUUGCAAAAAAAUAAAAGUUGCAAUUAAGUGCAAAGUUAA